UUUUUAGAAGAAAAAAAUACAGUGAAUUUGAAACACUUUCUCCUACUAGGAAAAAUGUUUAGUCAAAUAAACAGCAAGAAUUUGAUGUUUUGCGAUGAAAGUAUCUCGAUCAAGAUAUCAUAAUUUUAAUUAAUCGAUCGGUUAUGUUUGUCGAAGUCCUUUCAUUGCCAUUCGCAACUUCAUCACUAACAUGCUCUCUCUACUAUAGGUCAACUUCAUAUCUAAUAUUUUCCGUUCAGUCAGUGAUGAUUCAAAUAUAUAAGAAUUCUUUACCUCUUAGGCACAACCUAUUGCUGGUAUAAUCUCGAUAAUUACUGUACAUCAACCAGCGAUUAACCAUACAUCUUGAUUUAAGCAAGCACCGAUAGUUCUUGCUAUUUAAAUACAACCUUAAUUUGUGGUUAACUCCCCGCAUAACGCACACUCUCUUUAUCUGUUAUAAACAUGAACGUUUCUGUGAGUCGGUACUUUUAUCUUCGAAAAAACUGGCGAAUUGUAUCUUUUAAAAAGUUUUACAGGAAACUUUCUUUCAUCUCUUCUACUGAUCGGAAUCCAGACCGACUUUAUUCAUUAAUCAAGAAACUUACCGAAAUUUCUACUGAUCAUUUAACUCCCGAAAUCCAAUUAAGACUUAUCACUUCCGAUUGUUAUCUAUGGCACUCUAAAGUGGAAGAUUGUCUAUUCUCCGAUCCAUAUUGGGCAUUUUACUGGCCGGGAGGUCAAUCAUUAGCGAGAUUUUUACUGGAUAACAGUGGAAUCAUCAAACAUCAAUCUGUGCUUGAUUUGGGCAGUGGUUGUGGAGCACUAGCGAUUGUAAGCAAACUCCUUGGAGCAUCUCAUGUUGUUGCAAAUGACAUAGAUCCAGUGGCAAUUGCUGCAAUCAGAAUGAAUUCUGCAUUAAAUAAUGUUACAGUAAACACAGAUAAUAGAAACUUGUUUCAUGAAAAGACAUUGUCUACAAAUGUUGUGCUUCUUGGGGACAUGCUUUAUGACAUCGGUCUUACAGUAAAUGUAGCUAGGUGGAUGAAGAAUUUACCAAAUAACACUUUGGUUUUAAUUGGAGAUCCAGGCCGUUCAGAAUCUCAUCUAUAUCUCAGUAAAAUGAACUUCAAAAAAGUUGUAGAAUAUGAAUUAACCCCCACUGCUAAAAUGGAGAAUAAUGGUAUCCACUCUAGUUCAGUAUGGAUUUGGGAGAGAUGGAGAGCAAGUCCUUUUGUAGAGAAGAUAUAAAAAUUAUAGAUAUGUUUUAUUCUAAUAUUUAAAUUUAUGAAAUAAAGUUUCUCAAAUGUUUCUUAUUUCACUUUGAUGAUGAAGUUCACCCAUUCCACUUUUUCAUCACACCAUCUAAAUACUGGAAAAUACUGUAGUAUACAAAAUAGUUUAUCCUAGUUUUCAUAGAAAUGAGCUGACAAGUUAAUAUUAGGAAUUGCAAUUCCUACUAAUUCCUAUUAAAGGAAUUUGAACAUCACUGUAAUAGAGUGAUCAAUUUGAUGUUCACAUAUCUCUUAAUAGAUACAAUACAGAAACUAUAGUUCUUUACUGCAGUAUAUUGGAUAUUAAGAUAGUGACUAUUUCCAGUAAAGAGCCAUAGCUUCAGAAUGGUACCUAGGCAAACACCAAAUUGACUACAUAAACUACAGCCCUGAAUCAUAUCUUUGAAGCAAGCUAUGAAAUUUCACUGGUGAUAGCAAAAAAUGGGAAAAAUCAUACAAAUGGAGAAGGAUCUGAUAUACCUGCAAUAUCUGUUUUUCUCAAAACAGUUCUUCAAAAAGGCACCAAAGACAUCCAAAAUAAGCCAUUGAGGCAGCAACAGAAUAAAUGACAUGGGGCAAUAUGCUGAAAAACAACUUGUUGGAGAAGUUGAAAUCAUAAAAGUUCUGAAAACAAAUAAAUGAAUCUACUUUUUGAGAGAUUGAAACUCUGUUAUCGAUGCAUCGUGUUGACAUGGAAAAUUUUCAAGGACAGAGUUUAGCAAAACGUGGUAUUUAUACUCCUUACUCACACACAGGCCAUUAAUAUGUUGUUCUAAAUAGAUUUGGAGAUCCAUUGCACAUACAGAUUUUUACCCAUCAAAAUCAAUUUGCUGGAUUGGAGGUGGGGCGCAGGUGAACUAAUUACAAAAUUGUUAAAUUCACUAAUUAAAUGUUGCCUACACAAACAUUGAUUGUCAAAAUUUCCUGUUUAGGAAUUUUGUAUAUAGAAAUAAAAGAAAAGAUAAGAACUAAUCAGGAUGUUUUUUGUUUUUUUAUUUAAACACUAUUUUACUGUCUUCUACAUAUCUCCCUCUUGAAUAUAUAUGUUGGAUCUUGCAGGCAUGAAGUGGAUUCGAUCCACCAUAGCCAAAUUUAAAUUAACAGUUCAACAGAACUUUUCUCACAGUCGAACAAUGGUUUUUCUCUGAUAGCAGUUUUACAUUUGCCAGAUUGCCUUUAGCUAGGCCGAAAUAAUGUCUUUGCCACUUGGCCCUUAUAACCUCUUCUACUUCACCAAAUGCUAGAAUAGAGUUAUCACAGUACCACCAACGAAGCCCAUUGUUCUCAACAAUAUGUCUAUCCUUCUGGAUAGUCAUAAAAGCAAGAGCACCAAGCAAAAACGAGUAGUCACUUGGUGACAAUUGAAUGAGUCGGCUCAUGACAACUCAAUCAGUUAGGGAAUGGACUACUAGAAGCAUGAUCAUAAGCAAGGCAGCUACUAAAGACAACAGUCAGACAGAGAAAUGAAAUUUACUGUCAGCAACUGUGAGACAAUGUCCCACGACCCUACAACUUUCACUAGCUCUAAUUCUGUUCUCUUACAACAUCAUUCUAUCAAUAUCUGUGGAUUACUACUAACAGCGUGUACACAAAACUAUACAAAGAAAAAUUCUCCCACAUCUAACUUUCUUUCGCAUGCUCUCAGAUUUUACAAUCUGCCUGACGAGGCAAGGUAUUUUCAAUGUAACGGUAAAUAAAUACUUUCUUAAAGUUUCAUGCAUUGUCCAUCUUUCACAUCCUACAACAUGCCAUUAUAACAACAAAUUUUUAUUGUUACAAUUGUUGACUUCAACAUUUCAUAUUAUUGUGUACCUAAUCAAUCUUAACCAUUACAUAUACAGGUCAAAAUAAUGGAAACACCUUAGCAUCAUAAUUUUGAAAUAUCUAUAAAACCAUCAAAAGCUU